AUGAGAGCUAGAACUUUAUUAGAUGCUCACUGCCACCUUCAAGAAAUAAAUAUUAUUGAAAGAGUUCUAGAAGAAGCGAAUAGAGCAGGAGUCACUGAUUUUAUUUGUAACGGAAUCCAAGAAAAUGACUGAAAUCAAGUGCUCGAAUUAAACAUAAUUAACUCUAGAAUAAUUCCUUGCAUAGGAAUUCAUCCUUGGUAUAUUAAUAGUGCAAUUGAUGGCUGAGAAGAAAGAAUGGAAGCUUUAUUAGCUUCAUCCAAUAAAAUAUAUGUUGGAGAAAUUGGGCUUGACCACUAUAAAAGUAAAUUAGCUCCUAAAAUGCUCCAAGAAGACUUUUUUAGACGCCAGAUCAGGAUUGCUUUAAAAUACAGAAGAUUGAUGAGCAUCCACUGUGUUUCUGCAUUUGGAAAAGUCAUAAAAAUCUUAAGACAGGAAAUGAAAAACUCAAGGGUCCCUUUUAUUAUGCAUUCUUAUGAAGGGCCAUGAGAGAUGACACAAGAGCUUUUGGCUCACUUUCCCAAUGAAGUGAUGUUCAGUCUGAGCAUGGUUUCUGUAUGAAAAGCCAAACAUCAGUCUGUAAUUGAAAGAAUCCCUCUCACAAACAUUUUAAUAGAAACAGACUCACCCUCACAAAUUAUUAAAGAAAUGAUACCUGAGCCAUUAGAAGAGGAGAAGCCGCAGAAUUUCCCGAAAUACUUACCUCUCGUAUUUUCUCAGCUCUGUAGAAUAAAAAACUCCUCAGAAGAGGAGACAGCUGAGCAGCUGUAUCAUAACUUCCAAAAAAUCCUACCAGAUGCGCACGUAUAA